AUGAUGGGUGUGAAAAGAUUACCAUCAUAUCGUGAUUACUGGUCUACAAACGCACAACUAAAUGAUUCUUAUAUUGGUUCUAUCAUGAGUGUGAAGAGAUUUUCCUUUUUACUCUUACAUCUACAUUUGAAUGACGCAAGCAAAGAACCUAAAAGAAAUGAACCACAGUAUAACAAAUUAUACAAAGUUGCACCUCACCUGAAUAUUCUCUCAGAAACUUAUACUAUGUUUUAUAACCCAAAUAGAGAUCAAUCGAUUGAUGAAAGUAUGAUCAAGUUUAAAGGCAGGUCGUCCAUCAAGCAAUACAUGCCAAUGAAGCCAAUAAAAAGGGGUUACAAAGUUUGGGUGAGAGCUGACGACUAUGGUUAUAUCUGCGAAUUUCAAAUAUAUACAGGAAAAACACGAAAUCAAUCCGAAAAUUGUCUAGGGGAUAGAGUAGUAAAAGAUUUGAGUCAUGCUUUAGUGGAAAAGCAUUACCGUAUUUUCUUCGGUAAUUUCUUCACAACAGUAGAUUUGAUGUCAUCGUAA